AUGGAGGCCCAGAGGUCAAGGGAGGCCUAUGGUCACACAGAGGUUUCCCCACCUGGAUUGACAGGCUCUGUCUCCCCUGCACCCAGAUUUGUUGGCAUGCCCCUGAGCCGGUUGCUAGGUGUGCGCAAUCAUGCCAGGAGGCUGGUGAAGCCCAAUGCCACUCUGGAGAAGUACUUCGUCACAGAAGGGUGGAAGCCCAAGGAGCCCCAGAUGGCCCUCCUGGCGGCCCAGUGUGGCCUCACACUGCAGCAGACCCAGCGCUGGUUCCGGAGGCGCCGGAACCAGGACCGGCCCUGCCUGACCAAGAAGUUCUGCGAGGCCAGCUGGAGGUUUGCUUUCUACCUGUGCUCCUUCUUUGGUGGCUUGUCCAUCCUCUACCACGAGUCAUGGCUGUGGACACCGGCAAUGUGCUGGGACAGUUACCCAAAUCAGCCCCUGAAACCGGCCCUGUAUUAUUGGUACCUCCUGGAGCUGAGUUUCUACGUCUCACUGCUGAUCACGCUGCCUUUUGAUGUUAAGCGUAAGGAUUUCAAGGAGCAGGUGGCACACCACUUCGUGACCAUCAUCCUGAUCGUGUUCUCCUACAGCGCAAACCUGCUGCGCAUCGGGUCCCUGGUGCUGCUGCUGCAUGACGCCUCCGACUACCUCCUGGAGGCCGGUAAGAUGUUCAAUUACACAAACAGGCGGAAAGUGUGCGACGCCCUCUUCAUCAUCUUCUCCUUGGUCUUCUUCUAUACUCGCCUCGUGCUCUUCCCUACGCAGAUCCUCUAUACCACGUACUACGAGUCCAUUGCCGAGUGGAGCCCCUUCUUUGGCUACUACUUCUUCAACGUCCUGCUGAUGGUGCUGCAGCUGCUGCACGUGUUCUGGUCUUGCCUCAUCCUCCGCAUGCUCUACAGCUUCCUGAAGAAGGGCCGGAUGGAGAAGGACGUCCGCAGCGACGUGGAGGAGUCCGAUUCGAGCGAGGGGGAGGCGGUCCAGGAGCACCUGCCGCUGAAGAACGGCGCUGCUCACAGGGCCGGGGCAGCCCCCACGGACGGCCCUCGGAGCCGGCUGGCCGGGCGGCUGGCCAACGGGCACACGCCGGCCACGUAGCCAGCCGAGGACUGGCCUCGAGGGCCGGCCCCCAGUGCCCCGUGGCUGGGAUGUGUGGGGCUGGGAUGUGUGGGGCAGCUGGACCGGUGGCCCUGGGGCCAGCUCUGGAGACAGGGACGGCCCUCCCCCGGAGGAGGCGGGGCGAGGGCUAAUGAUCUCUCUCCAGCCCCUUCCUUCUGCCCGCCCUUCCCUUCUCCCUUCCCUUUCCUUGGGCAGCUGGACAGAGCUGGGGAGGGCGCUCAGCAGGCCGCCGGUUCCGCCUGCCAGAGCCAGCUCCAGGCCAGAAGGAGUCCAAUAAAACGAACGGAGCCAAAUUCUCUGAGA